GUGUAACUAGUCUUCACCGUUACUGUAAACAGGACUAAAAUAUAUAUCCGCACGAGAAGUUGAUGUCUGGGCACUUAAGAACAUGGCGUCAUUUCAAAUAAUAACGAUUAUGUUUAUUGUUUCUACAAUCGUAAUGUUGCAGUGCGUUCAGUCACAAGUAAACGUCGGUGGUUCCAGCGAGUUCCCUAGUGGUUCGUCACAAUCGUCCGGCUACAAUACAGGGUGUGCCGGCAUUCCCGGAAUUCCCGGUAGCCAUGGUAACCCAGGUCGCGACGGGCGAGAUGGUACGAAGGGCGAAAGAGGUGAAACUGGUGCCGUUGGCCCACCGGGUAUCGCAGAGCUACCUGUGCAGAAUAUAAAACAAUGUGCUUGGCAAAAUAUAAAUGACGGGCGUGACAACGGAAUCGUCAAGGUAACCCAUUUAUUUGUUUUCGCAUACUUAGAUUAA